UCACUCUCUGUCUCCCUAUUUUCCAAUCUCCACCUAUUUCCCGCCCUUUCCCAAAUUUCUCUACGAGGAAUAAUAAUCCUCUUCAGUUCACUUCUUUUGCCUUCUCUUCUAGGGCUUCGAUCUUGGCACGGGACCCCUACUUCGCCACCAUGGUCUCGCCGAAGCAGCUGCUAUCGACAAUCGAAUCGGCCCUGCUCGGCCCUUCGCCUCCGUCGCCCGGUCAGAGGAUCGAGCUGAUGCACGCCAUUCGCAGCUCUCUCUCCUCCCUCCAGUCCCUCGUCUCCUACCCUCCUCCGAAACCCUCGGACCGGGCACAAGUACAGUCAAGGGAAGUUAGGCUUCCAGAUUCGCCGCCAAUUUCGCUCGACGAUCAGGACGUUCAGAUUGCUUUGAAAUUGAGUGAUGACCUUCAUCUCAAUGAAAUAGAUUGUGUCCGUUUGCUUGUUACGGCAAAUCAAGAGUGGAGUUUAAUGGGACGAGAGCGAUUGGAGAUUUUACGCCUUGCAGCAGGACUUUGGUAUACUGAAAGAAGAGAUCUAAUAACAGCACUCUAUACACUAUUUAGGGCUGUUGUGCUGGAUCAGGGUCUUGAAUCUGAUACUGUAUCAGAUGUUCAGAAAUAUCUGGAAGAUCUUAUAAAUGCUGGGCUUAGACAACGCUUGAUUUCUCUUAUAAAGGAACUCAAUCGGGAAGAACCAGCUGGUUUGGGUGGGCCCCACUGUGAGCGCUAUGUUCUUGAUUCUAGAGGUGCUCUUGUUGAGCGGCGAGCUGUGGUUUGUAGGGAAAGACUCAUACUUGGACAUUGCCUUGUCCUUUCUGUUCUGGUUGUGCGUGCAAGUCCAAAGGAGAUAAAGGAUAUAUUUUCCAAUUUGAAAGAUAGUGUUGUUGAACUUAGUCAGAGCAAUACAACCUUGAAACAUCAGAUUACAUUUAGUCUUCUUUUUUCUCUUGUCAUUGCUUUCGUAUCAGAUGCCCUGAGUGCAGCACCUGAUAAAGCAUCUGUUCUCUCCCGUGAUGCAUCUUUUAGGCAUGAAUUUCAUGAAAUUGUGAUGGCUGUUGGAAAUGAUCCAAAUGUUGAGGGCUUUAUUGAUGGCAUUAGACUUGCUUGGGCUGUACAUUUGAUGUUAAUCCUAGAUGUAGUUGCUGCGAGGGAGUCUGUUUCAAAUGCUUCAUCUAAUGAUCUGGGUUACCUUCAUUCGUGCUUGGAAGUCAUUUUCUCAAACAAUGUUUUCCAGUCUUUACUGGAAAAAGUUCUUCGAACUGCGGCUUACCAGAACGAUGAUGAGGAUAUGAUCUAUGUGUACAACGGUUAUCUGCACAAGCUAAUUUCCUGCUUCUUGUCUCAGCCACUUGCCAGAGACAAGGUGAAAGAAUCUAAGGAGAAAGCUAUGAGCAUUCUUAGUCAUUACCAUAUGGCUGGCUCACAUGAGUUUUUGCUUGAUGGCAACUUCAAUUCUCAACAAGCCGUUGAAACUGGCUCUUUAACAUUUGUCUCUCUCUUAGAGUUUGUGAGUGAAAUCUAUCAGAAGGAACCAGAGCUCUUGUCUGGCAAUGAAGUUUUGUGGACAUUUGUAAAUUUUGCCGGAGAGGAUCAUACAAAUUUUCAAACACUUGUGGCUUUCUUGAAUAUGUUGAGUACCUUGGCUUGUAGUCAAGAAGGAGCUUCAAAGGUUUUUGAGUUGCUUCAGGGGAAGGCAUUCCGCUCUGUUGGGUGGAGUACAUUGUUUCAUUGCUUAUCAAUCUAUGAUGAGAAGUUUAAACAGUCCAUUCAAACUGCUGGUGCGAUGCUACCAGAGUUUCCGGAGGGGGACGCAAAAGCACUUGUUGCAUACCUAAAUGUUCUUCAAAAGGUUAUGGAGAAUGGGAACCCCAUUGAAAGGAAGAACUGGUUUGCUGAUAUUGAACCAUUAUUCAAGCUGCUUGGUUAUGAAAAUGUGCCUCCAUAUCUGAAGGGUGCUUUGCGGAAUGCAAUUGCUACGUUUGUUCGUAUCUCUCCAGUCCUAAAAGAUACUAUUUGGAGCUAUCUUGAGCAGUAUGAUCUACCAGUAGUUGUUGGGAGCAGUGCACAGUCGAUGUCAACACAGGUUUAUGAUAUGCAAUUUGAGUUGAACGAAAUAGAAGCCAGGAGAGAACAAUAUCCUUCAACAAUAUCUUUCCUCAACCUGUUAAAUGUUCUUAUUGCUGAAGAAAGAGAUGUCAGUGAUAGAGGGCGUAGAUUCAUCGGCAUCUUUAGGUUCAUAUAUGAUCACGUUUUUGGGCCAUUUCCUCAAAGAGCCUAUGCAGAUCCUUGCGAGAAAUGGCAAUUGGUUGUUGCUUGCCUUCAGCAUUUCCAUAUGAUCUUGAGCAUGUACGACAUCAAAGAUGAGGACAUCGACAGUGUUGCGGACCUAUCACAGUUUUCAACAUCAACACAGCAAUCUCCACUACAGAUGCAGCUUCCUGUUUUGGAGUUGCUUAAAGAUUUCAUGAGUGGAAAAACUGUUUUCCGGAACAUCAUGGGCAUUCUUCUGCCAGGAGUUGAUUCCAUCAUCACUGAACGGACUAGUCAAGUAUAUGGGCAACUCUUAGAGAAGGCUGUGCAACUUUCCUUGGAAAUUAUAAUCCUUGUCUUGGAGAAGGAUUUAUUUCUUUCUGAUUUCUUGCGCCCUCUAUACCAGCCUUUGGAUGUUAUACUCACACAAGAUCAUACUCAAAUUGUAGCUUUGUUGGAAUACGUCAGAUAUGAGUUUCAACCACAAAUUCAACAGUGCUCUAUCAAAAUCAUGAGUUUAUUAAGUUCUCGCAUGGUUGGGCUGGUACAGUUGCUUCUAAAAUCCAACGCUGCCAGCAGUUUAAUUGAGGAUUAUGCAGCAUGCCUCGAAUUACGAUCAGAAGAGUGUCAGAUCAUAGAGAGUAGUAGUGAUGAUCCAGGUGUUCUUAUAAUGCAGCUUCUAAUUGACAAUGUCAGUCGGCCAGCUCCAAAUAUUACGCAUCUACUACUUAAGUUUGAUCUUGACACCCCUGUUGAACGGGCUGUUUUACAGCCAAAAUUUCAUUACAGUUGCUUGAAGGUUAUUCUUGAAAUAUUGGACAAGCUUGUAAAGCCUGAUGUGAAUACAUUGCUUCAUGAAUUUGGAUUUCAGCUUCUUUAUGAGUUGUGCUUGGAUCCACUUACUUCUGCUCCUACCAUGGAUCUCUUGAGUGGUAAAAAGUAUCAGUUCUUCAUAAAGCACUUGGACACUAUUGGUGUUGCUCCACUUCCUAAACGAAAUAGCAACCAGGCACUUCGAAUCAGCUCCCUUCAUCAGAGAGCUUGGUUGUUAAAACUUUUAGCAAUUGAGUUGCAUGCUGGUGAUAUGAGUAGCUCCAAUCACCGUGAGGCAUGUCACAAUAUUCUUGCUCAUCUUUUUGGGGGGGAAAUUGUUGACAUUGGAGACGUUGGCAUGAUACCUCAUUCCUUUCUUCAGAAUGGCGCAGAAUACUCUGGAACCAGAACUAUCAGUAAGAGUAAGGUUUUGGAGUUGCUUGAAGUUCUCCAAUUUAAAUCCCCUGAUACCACUAUGAAGCUUUCUCAGAUUGUUUCUAAUUUAAAAUAUGACUUGCUGGUAGAGGACAUACUUGGGAAUCCAGCAACUUCUGGAAAGGGUGGUGUCUACUAUUAUUCAGAGCGUGGAGAUCGUUUGAUUGACCUUGCUUCACUCCGUGACAAACUUUGGCAGAAAUUCAAUUCUGUUUACCCCCAGUUGAGUAACUUUGGCAGUGAAGUUGAGCUAAAUGAUGUAAGAGAGACAAUUCAACAGUUGUUGAGAUGGGGAUGGAAGUACAAUAAGAACCUUGAGGAGCAAGCUGCCCAACUUCAUAUGUUAACUGGCUGGUCUCAAAUUGUUGAGGUCUCUGCUUCAAGGAGAAUUUCGUUGCUGGAAAAUCGAUCCGAAGUUUUAUUUCAGGUUCUUGAUACUUCUCUAAGUGCAUCUGCUUCUCCAGACUGUUCACUGAAGAUGGCAUCUAUUUUGUGCCAGGUUGCUUUAACAUGCAUGGCGAAACUACGAGAUGAAAGAUUUUUGUCCCCUGGGGGUUUGAAUUCAGAUGGUAUCACAUGUCUUGACAUUAUCAUGGUGAAACAUUUAUCAAAUGGUGCUUGUCAAUCCAUAUUGUUUAAGCUUGUCAUGGCAAUUCUUAGAAAUGAGUCUUCUGAAGCUUUGAGGAGACGCCAAUAUGCUCUGCUUCUUAGCUAUUUCCAGUACUGCCGGCAUAUGCUUGAUGCUGAUGUUCCAAUGACAGUUCUUCAAAACCUGCUUCUUGAUGAGCAAGAGGGUGAAGAUCUGGAUCUUGAGAAGAUGGACAAAGAAAAGGCUGAACUGGCUCGAGCUAAUUUUUAUAUUUUAAGGAAAGAGGCACAAUCUAUUUUGGAUUUGGUAAUAAAGGAUGCAACUCAAGGAAGUGAACCUGGGAAGACAAUCUCACUCUAUGUUCUAGAUGCUUUGAUAUGUAUUGAUCAUGAGAGAUAUUUCUUAAGCCAACUUCAAAGCAGGGGAUUUUUAAGAUCCUGCUUCAUGAGCAUCAAGAAUGUUUCAUACGAGGAUGGUGGGCAUUCAUUGGUGUCGUUGCAGCGAGCAUGUACCCUUGAGGCUGAACUUGCUUUACUAUUAAGAAUUAGUCACAAGUAUGGAAAAUCUGGAGCCCAGGUUCUAUAUUCUAUGGGUACUUUAGAGCAUAUCGCUUCUUGCAGGGCAGUCAAUUUUCAGGGAAGUUUGAGGCGGCUUGACAUGAAGCUUCAAAGACAUGUGGCUCUGGAUUUUGACAAACAACGAAUGAUCAUAACUCCAAUGUUGAGAUUGGUCUUUUCUCUAACUUCAUUGGUUAAUACAUCUGAAUUUUUUGAGGUGAAGAAUAAAAUUGUUCAUGACGUCGUAGAUUUUGUCAAAGGACAUCAACUGCUAAUUGAUCAAGUUCUUCGGGAAGAUGUUUCUGAAGCUGAUGAAUUGACAAUGGAGCAGAUCAAUCUUGUUGUUGGUAUACUCAGCAAGGUUUGGCCCUAUGAAGAGAGUGAUGGAUGUGGUUUUGUUCAAGGGCUAUUUGGUAUGAUGCGUGCUCUAUUCUCUCGUGAGUCAGAGAAUCCUAGUUUUCUUCGAUCUGUACAGCAUCUUGAGAAUCAGAGGAAAUCAGAACUGAACUCAUUUCAGUUAUGCUUCAGCCUGAGCUCCUACCUAUAUUUUCUGGUCACAAAGAAAUCCCUGAGACUCCCGGUUUCAGAUGCCCCCUCAGAUUACCAUGCUGCUGUUGGACUUCGACAGCCCACAUUGAACUUACUUGGUUCUCUUCUUAAUUCUGUGACAACUGCUCUAGAAAGAGCGGCAGAGGAAAAAUCCUUACUACUCAAUAAGAUUCGUGACAUAAAUGAACUAUCAAGGCAGGAGGUGGAUGAAAUUAUCACUAUGUGUUCUAGGAAAGAUUGUGUUUCAUCAUCUGAUGAUAUACAUAAAAGGAGGUAUAUUGCAAUGGUGGAAAUGUGUGAGGUUGUGGGCAAUAGAGAUCAGCUAAUUGCUUUAUUACUUCCCCUCGCAGAACACGUGCUAAAUGUCAUCCUAAUCCAUUUCCAGGAUAGCAGUUUUGUCAAAUCGGGUGACAGUGGAACUGUGAAAACAAUUACUUACGGUGCCAACUCAGAGUCAGGAGAGGACAUAUCUUUGUUGUGUGGAAAGUUAAUUCCAACAUUAGAACGGCUUGAGUUAUUAAGUGAGGAUAAAAUAGGCCACAAUCUUAAGGUGUUUCUGAGAAUAGUAGCUUCUCUUAAGGAAUUGACAAUUCAGAAGUUGGCUUUAUGAGAAGGUUUGAAGAAGCUGACGGCAGAUUUUCAUUGUGCGUGUGACUCUUGAUGUAUUCAUUAUCUUUAUUGUAUAUUAUGAAUGUAUCAAGUAUAUCUAUCUAAUCUUUUUUUUUUUUUUGGUAAAACCUGUAAGUUGUAAGCUUAUUUGUUUAUAUGAACGUAAACAAUUUAAAUAUGAUCUUUUUAAGCCGAAGUUUGAUUGAGCUCUUAGCCACAACCUUGUUCCCUUUUCAGCUUGAUAGAUCGACGCUCCAUAGUUGGUAAUAUCAUUUGCUAUAUUUCACCGCAAAGUAAUGUUACAUAUGGGUCCUCAGAAAUGUCCGU